UACUCGUUUAUUGUCCAUGGCUAAGGCACCAAGUAUUUUCCUAUAAUUAUAUCUUCUGUGUUUCUUCUUGGCUUUGCAGGAUCUAUCUAAGCUUUUGCACCCUCCUAGCAGUGUUCUAUGCUUUCUCUUAUCAACCCAAUUUCCAAGGUUUUGACAUUGCAACGAUGUCUUCUCCGAUCUUUGUCGGCAACCACAGGUUCUCUACAACAACAGAUAUUACAUGACUGUGAAAACAUUAACAAACUUGCUGAUUUCAAUGCUCUAUUCCAUUUCUGCACCAACAUUCAUGUUACCAAGCAGCUUCAUGCUCUUCUUCUUGUGAUGGAUAAGGCUCAAGAUGUCCUUUUAUUUACAAAGCUUGUUAAUUUAUAUGCAACUCUUGGGAACAUAUCUUUGUCACGCACUACUUUUAACCAUAUUAAGAGAAAGAAUGUUUAUACAUGGAACUCAAUGGUAGCUGCAUAUGUUCGCUGCCGUCGAUACCGUGAGUCUAUGGAUUGUGUCAAUGAAAUGUUGUCCAUGUCUGGUGUAAGACCUGAUUUUUACACUUUUCCUCCUGUGUUGAAAGCCUGUGUACAUCUAGUUGACGGGAAGAAAAUACAUUGCUGGGUUUUAAAGAUGGGUUUCGAGCAUGAUGUAUAUGUGGCUGCUUCGUUGAUCCAUUUAUAUUCACGGUUUGGUGCUUUAGAUGAUGCCUAUAAGUUGUUUGCUGAUAUGCCGGUUAGAGAUGUGGGUUCUUGGAAUGCAAUGAUUUCAGGGUUUUGUCAGAACGGAAAUGCCGCUGAGGCAUUGUAUGUUUUGAAUAGUAUGAAAGUUGAGGGGGUGAAGAUGGACACGGUUACUGUGUCAAGUGUACUACCUGUUUGUGCACAAUCCAAUGAUGUUGUUAGUGGGGUGUUGAUUCAUUUGUAUGUGAUAAAGCAUGGGUUGGAAACUGAUGUGUUUGUCUCCAAUGCUUUGAUUAAUAUGUAUUCAAAGUUUGGUAGGCUACAAGAUGCCCAAGGGGUUUUUGAUCACAUGAAAGUGAGGGAUCUAGUAUCUUGGAAUUCUAUAAUUGCUGCAUACGAGCAGAAUAAUGAUCCAACUACUGCGCUUGGAUUCUUUAGAGGGAUGCAAUUUGUUGGGAUACGACCUGACUUGUUGACAGUUGUGAGCUUGGCCUCAAUUUUUGGUCAAUUAAGUGAUCAAAGGAUUAGCAAAUCGGUUCAUGGAUUUGUUAUGAGGUGUGAAUGGCUCGAGAAGGAUGUUGUGAUUGGUAAUGCACUUGUGAAUAUGUAUGCAAAAUUAGGUUAUAUGGAUCAUGCACGUACAGUUUUUGAACAGCUUCCUAUCAAAGAUAUAAUUUCAUGGAACACUUUGAUCACAGGUUAUGCUCAAAAUGGUCUUGCAAGUGAAGCAAUUGAUGCUUACAACAUGAUGAAAGAGUGUAAAACAAUAAUCCCCAACCAAGGGACUUGGGUGAGCAUUCUCCCAGCAUAUUCCCAUGUUGGAGCUUUGCAACUAGGAAUGAAAAUUCAUGGGAGGCUAAUCAAGAACUGUCUCUACUUGGAUGUCUUUGUGGCUACUUGCCUGAUGGAUAUGUAUGGAAAAUGUGGAAGGUUAGAGGAUGCAAUGUCCUUAUUCUAUGAAAUUCCAAGAGAAACUUCAGUUCCUUGGAAUGCCAUAAUAUCUUCUCUCGGGAUUCACGGGCAUGGAGAGGAAGCUCUGCAACUUUUCAAGGAUAUGCUGGCUGAAGGGGUAAAGGCUGAUGAUAUUACAUUUGUAUCUUUGUUGUCGGCCUGUAGCCAUUCAGGUUUAGUCGAUGAGGGUCAACGAUGCUUUGAUCUGAUGCAGAAAGAGCAUGGGAUCAAGCCAAGUUUGAAGCAUUAUGGAUGCAUGGUAGAUUUGUUUGGGAGAGCUGGGUAUUUGGAAAAGGCAUACAAUUUAGUGAGCAAUAUGCCUGUACGGGCUGAUGCAUCCAUUUGGGGUGCUCUUCUUGCUGCUUGUAGAAUACAUGGAAAUGUAGAAUUGGGUACUCUGUCUUCAGAUCGCUUGUUGGAAGUUGAUUCAGAGAAUGUUGGCUAUUAUGUUUUGUUGUCAAAUAUCUAUGCAAAUGUUGGAAAAUGGGAAGGAGUAGUUAAAGUAAGAUCGUUGGCCAGAAAUAGAGGGUUGAGGAAGACUCCUGGAUGGAGUUCUGUUGCUGUGGGUAGUAUAAUUGAAGUCUUUUAUACUGGAAACCAAACACAUCCCCAGUGUACAGCGAUAUAUGAGGAACUAAGGGUUUUGAAUGCCAAGAUGAAGAGCCUUGGUUAUGUUCCAGACUAUAGUUUUGUCUUACAAGAUGUUGAGGAGGAUGAGAAAGAGCAGAUCUUGACAAGUCAUAGCGAGAGACUGGCCAUUGCAUUUGGAAUUAUCAGCACCCCACCAAAAAGUCCCAUUAGGAUAUUUAAAAACUUACGUGUUUGUGGUGAUUGUCAUAAUGCAACCAAGUACAUAUCUAAAAUUACUGAAAGAGAUAUUGUUGUGAGGGAUUCAAAUCGUUUUCAUCAUUUUAAAGAUGGGAUUUGUUCAUGUGGUGAUUAUUGGUGACAGUCACCAACUAUGGAAGCUUGAAAAGAUUGGACAUAAUUGAAUACUUUCAUUACUGAGAUAUCCUAAACCAGGCAUUAGGUUGUCAUUGCUGUUAAUUAAUUUUAUCUAAGUAGUUGGAGUACAUCAACUGAGCUUGAAGGUUUGAGCUCUGGCAAUCUCAUUUCUUUGACCAUUAGCAUGAAUAUAGGAUGCUUAUUUCGUAAUUGCGGAUAAAUUCUAAACACUGUUUAGUUGAAUCUAAUAUGAUAUGUUUUGUUUUUUAUUAUUGGGUUUUUGAUAUGCACAAAUCAGGUCUAGAACAAGUUCAAGUUUCCUGAGAAGUGAGAACAGUGUGAGGUUCACUUUUCAGUUUUUGAAUAAAAGGAAUUCAAAUUUUGGAGAUGGCUGCAACCUUUGCUUCUGAUGUUCCUGUGUGGCAAUGGCUGAGCAGUUACUCCCGGAGCAGAUUUUAGCAGUCCAACGAAAGAAGAAAAAGGGACUGUUGUCCCUUAUUGAUUGAUUAAGUGGCGAAGAAAACCUGUUGAAGAAUCUUCUUGGGAAAAGGCAUUCAUCAUUACAAAUCAGUUUCUAGAUGUUAGCCUUGAGGACAAUGCAUAAGUUGAAGAGGGAGGUAAUGUAAAGCUCCAAGAGUUAGUGAAGCCAGUCCAAUAGGAAAUAGCUAUACCACAUGGAUUUUCUUUUUAUAGAGAUGGGUAGUGGGAGAAGUUGGUUUCUUAAUUUUUCUGUAAGUAAUGGAAUAGGAGCUAAGCUCUGUGUAUUGCAUAAUUCACGCAUCUACGAUACAUUCUUCUUUUUUCUUAAUUCAGUUGGUUUCAUUUUGAUUUACUGGUUCUUGACAUUCUACUUAAGAACCUUGACAAUGUAUGACAGGACAUAAUAAAGGCGGACAGCCAAAAACCUGCCAUAAAAUUACGGCAAAUUCCAUG